ACGGCGAUCCACUCCAAUCGCAUGGCACUGGUGGGUGAACAGAAGACACAGAAGAAUCUGGAGAGAAGAUUGGGGAAACGGGGGAGAGAUCGCGAAGCCAAUCAGAGUGCUGGGCUUUGAGCUGAGGCCAAACAUCUUUCGCGUGUGUUCUGGGCAAGACAGAUUUCGAGUCCUUGGACACGUGGUGAGCGGACAUGAGUCAGAGGCCGGUAGAGGUUGGUAGCUGAAAUAAGAGACGGGCAGCGAUUGGCAGCUGACAGAAACGAGGAAUUGCGUACGUGCCGCUGGGCAUGGAACAACAACCUCCGCGCAAUCAAUUGCCUUUUUGUCGGCGGUAUCACCUUUUUUUCUUCUUCUUCGGGUUCUCUUAGAGAGACAAACCGGCAGUACACUGUUACUCGUUUGUUGUGUUUUGUCCGUGUUCCUUCGGAGACUAAGCUGCCGCGCUGCGAUUGCUGCUGGGGUACAACUAUGACGGGAAUGGGAAGGGCUGACGUCACUCAUUCCUGGUAGGACGACCUAGUAGCGAUGGAGAGGGCUGUAGAUAGAUAAACGUGAGGGCGAAGGCAGUGGAUUGUAGCGACAAAUUUAAACGGUACACGAGAAAGGCCGCAUGCCACAGCCGUUCCAUGCGAAAGUAUGUAAACAUUUUCCCUCAUUUAACGAGGGGAGAAGGUAGAGGGAAGUGGAGGGGGUCCUGAACGGAAGGGGAAGAGGAGGGUCGGAGGGUCCUGAACGGUAGGGGAAGAGGAGGGGAGGAGGGUCCUGAAUUGUAGGGGAAGAGGAGGUGGGGUAGCUGGGCAGGAAGGAAGAGUUGAGCGGCGGAUUGACAAGGCGGAGCAAUAAGCGAAAAGGAAGGCCGCAUGCCAGAGUAGGGGCACGGAAGCAUCAACAUUUUCUGUCAUCUAACAACCGAGGAGAAUAGAUAGAGGUGGUGGUUCGUGAGCGAUAGGGGAAGAGAAAGAGGAGGAGGAGGAGGAGGAGGAGGAGGAGGAGGAGGAGGAGACGUAUAGAAAGUUGGCAGUCAGAAGCAGUGGUUGUGUUUCUGUCGUUCUGUGAAGAUGAUGGAACAGUUGGUCAAUUUUGUGAUCAGACCUCCGAGGGCGGAGUACACCCCCGCCGCCGAUCUCCUCGGUCCUAUCUUCAACCUGAAGGGGAGGAAGUAUAAGCGUGUCGACCUACAGCUGGUGAAUGCCAGAGGUCAUCUUCUAGUCUGCAGUCAUUAUAUGCCGUGGCCACCACCGGACGUGCAACAGCCUUGCGUCAUCUACUGCCACGGGAAUAGCGGGUGUAGGGCGGACGCGAACGAGGCGGUGGUGGUCCUCCUUCCUUGUAAUAUCACCGUUUUCACUCUCGACUUUUCAGGUUCGGGGCUUUCGGAGGGCGACUACGUGAGCUUGGGAUGGUAUGAGCGGGACGACUUGGAUUGUGUUGUGUCCCACCUCAGGGCGGAGGGAAAGACGUCGAAUAUCGGCCUCUGGGGCCGUUCCAUGGGAGCCGUAACGAGCUUGAUGUUUGGUGCUAUGUACCCCAGCGUGGCGGGGUUGGUCCUCGACAGCCCCUUCUCCCGCCUGAAUGACCUGAUGAUGGAACUCGUCGAUAUGUAUCGCAUCCGUGUACCCAAAUUCACGGUCAAAAUGGUCGUCCAGUACAUGAAACGGGCGAUUCAGAAGAAGGCGGGCUUCGACAUCAUGGAGUUGGACACGCUGGCGCUUGCCCCGCAGUGUUUCAUUCCCGCACUCUUCGGCCAUGCCACUUCAGACGCGUUCAUUCUUCCUCAUCACUCCGAGGACAUCUACUCCGCUUACGCGGGCGACAAGAACAUCAUCAAAUUCGAGGGCGAUCACAACUCUCAGCGCCCGCAGUUCUACUACGAUUCCAUCAGCAUUUUCUUCUACAACGUACUCAAUCCGCCUGAUCUGCCUGGGUGCUCGCUCACAGACUAUGUGGAUGAGGACGAUCCCGGCACGGAGCCGCUGGUAGAUCAGGCCACGUUGUAUGAACUGCUGAUUAACUCGCAAGGUGUGGCAGAAGAUGAUGACGACGACGACGACGAGGAGGAAGUAGUGCUUGAGGGAGGAGAAGGAGGGGCAACUAUCACUAGAGCAGGAAGGGAGGAAGGAGGGGGGGUUGGACGAGGUGCUACCGCUGGUGCUGCUUCUGCUGCUGCUGCUGCUGCCGCUGGUGCAACUCGUCAUCGGUCCUCCAGAGGGCUGCAUAGGCGAUGGACGAUGAGCAGAACGGAGAUUCCUACUGUGAAUGGAGAUAUGGACGGCGGCGAGGACGAGGAGGACGCGCUGCGCGAGAUCUUGUCGAGCAUGGGCGUUUCUGAGAACUCCCCCGAAUCUGCUCUAGCGAUCAGCUCUGCCUCCUCGCCGUCGCCGUCUACAGGAGGAGGAGGGGUGCCAUCGUCAGGCCUGCCGUCUCGGAAUCGAACGCGGUCGAGCUCGUCCUCUGCCUCCUCUUUACCGGAUGGCGGAUCCGGUGGCUGUGCUGAGGGAUUUGCGCCGACUCCAAUCUCCAUAGAUCAAGAAGACGCGAUGUAUAGAGAGGCCCUGGAGGCGUCGUUGAAGGAUAUGACGGUGAGCGAAGGCGAAGGAGGGCCUUCGCAGAGCAGCAAUGGAGACUCGGGGGGGUCUGUAGGGAGAGACGGACGGUCUGCUAGCCGGGUGAGGACAGGCGAUGAUCGCCUGGCUGGCGCAGGAGGAGGCGAUGGCGGUAGUGUCGUUCUGCGCCAGAGAGAUGCUCCGGGUCUCGAGAGCAGUAGUAGCGGCAGCUUUGCGAGGGGUGGGGACCGACAGGGACCUAGAGAGGGAGGGGGGGGGGGCGAAGCGCGGCAGCAGCAGCAGCAGCAGCAGGAGAGGAUUGCUCUUGCCGCCGAGGCGCUGCCGGAGCUUCAGCUCCGACGGGGCAGGAGGGUGGAGGGGGGGGAAGUAGAGGAAGGGCGGGGGAGCGACGCAGGGGAGGGCAAAGGCAGAGGGGCUGUUGACCGGUGGGGAAGGAGGAAUGAACUUCUGGGGCUGAAGACCCGAACGGCGGUGAAGGUCGGCUCCAGCAGUGACAGCUUGUCCCUUGGUGGGGAGGCGGGGGAGGGCAAUCUCGAUCGCGGAGGCGGUGUUGCCGUUGAGCUGUUGAGGGCGGAGGGGAGGGAGAGGGUGGGAGGAGGGUCGAUUAUUUUGACCGGCCGUGGUCGGGAGUGGAGGGAAGAGGCUUCGAGUAACAAGCCUGUGCGGGUGAAAUCGAAGGAAAGAGCGCAGGAGGAGACGAAAGGCGGGAGGGAAACCCAGCGCACAGAGAGAAAGAGCGCCAGCGGCGGGAGGCAGGGAACCGGGUCAAGCAGGGACGAAUGCGACAGCCCGAGCUGGAGGGACAAACCAAAGGAGAAGGAGAGGGAGAGUGCAAGGCGGAGAUCUAUGAGCAAUGACAGUGAUGGUGCUAGCAGUCAGCGGAUAUCUUGGAUCUCCCAGGCUUCGGGAUCAUCGCAGCUGCGGAACGGCAGUGGCUCGGAGGAUGCCGCUGCUGCCGCUGCUGCUGCACCUACAAUCGCCAAAGCCGGAAGGCGAAUGGACAGGGAGGAGAAUGGUGUGAUUGUGUCGGGACUGGCAGAUAGGCAGCGGGAGAGGGAAGGGGGGGGGGGGGGGAAUGACGGGGCGGCAAGCGUUCUGAGCCCGAGCAGAAGCUCCGACAGUAUGGGCGAUGGAGAGGACCGAGCUGCGGCGGGAAGAUCUCGACAGGAUCAGGCGGUAGCUUUGGUGUCUGCAUCCGGGCGAAAGGAGAAGCUGAAAGAUAGAGACGACGAAGGCGGGACAGGGAGAGGCAGCGGAAUUUUUUCGUCGUCCGGAGCAGUGAACAUGAAGAAAAGAGCCAUGGAGGUCAUGGCGGCGAUGGUGGGGCGGAGCGCGUCGGGUAAGGAGAGAGAAGAGAAGGGAGGGACGCCCGAGAAAAGUGGGAUGACGGAGAAAGAAGGGCAAGGAAGGUAAGAAGGGAGGUAGGUUGGCGCGAGGAGAUGAACGAUUACAGAGUACAGAGGAGCCUUGUUCGUAUCUAGCCAGGAGGGGAAAUACAGUAUGUGCAGGGAAAUGGAAGUAGCCUUGGGUGUGUUCCGGUGGAGGGGUGAACGAAAUCUUCUUAGGUCUGAAAGGAGCUCAACAGGAGGGAACAAUGUCCGAAAUAUUUGAUGGGAGCUCGGCUCCUGUAUGUUUAUAAUUUGCGAUUAGAUUUUUUUACUCGUGUAUUGGCGAGAGGAGAGGCAAAAGGUGAGACUGCUCGUGUGCGAUGUAUAUGAUGAUGAUGUCUGUGUGAGUGAGUGGAGUGGAGGCGAAAAGGUAUAUGUAGCAGACAGCGAGAGAGAGGUCGGAUCGUUUUGUGCGAAGAGUCGGUCACUCAGAUGCAGCAAAUGGAUGGAUUUGUGAACGUGCUUGCAUGCGUGUCAGCCCUUUGCGCCAUGGCCGCUA